GAGAGAGUAACAAAUACAGAGAGAGAAGCAGAGAGAGAGAAGAGAAGAGAAGAGAAGAGAAGAGAGAGAUGGCGUCAAAGCUCUGCGACUCGUGCAAAUCGGCGACGGCGGCGUUGUACUGCCGUCCAGACGCAGCGUUUCUAUGUCUCAGCUGCGACUCGAAGGUCCACGCGGCGAACAAGCUAGCGUCGAGACACGCCCGCGUGUGGAUGUGCGAAGUGUGCGAGCAAGCGCCAGCUCACGUCACGUGCAAGGCGGACGCGGCUGCUCUCUGCGUCACGUGCGACCGAGACAUCCAUUCGGCUAACCCUUUGGCUCGCCGUCACGAGCGCGUCCCCGUCACGCCUUUCUACGAUUCCGUCUCCGGCGCCGACGGCUCCGGCAAGAACACAGCCGUCAACUUCCUCAACGACUGUUACUUCACCGAUCUAGACGGAAAUGUAAGCCGUGAGGAGGAGGAGGAGGAGGCGGCGUCGUGGCUGCUUCCGAAUCCGAAGACGACGGCGCCGGCGGUACCGGGAGAUAGCCCGGAGAUGAACACGGGUCAAGGGUUCAUGUUCCCGGAUCUGGAUCUGGAUUACGGGACUGUUGAUCCGAAGUUGGAGUCUCGGGAGCAGAACAGCUCCGGCACCGACGGUGUGGUUCCGGUGGAGACUCGGAGGGUUGGAGUGCCGACGGUGAACGAGAACUGCUACGAGCUAGAUUUCACCGGAGGAUCCAAAGGCUUUACUACGUACGGACACAACUGCAUCAGCCACAGCGUAUCAUCAUCGUCGUUGGAAGUGGGAGUGGUGCCAGAUGGCGGCUCUGUGGCCGACGUUUCGUACCCUUACGGUGGUCCUGCAACCAGUGGAACCGAUCCCGGAACUCAGCGAGCUGUUCCACUAACGUCAGCGGAGAGAGAGGCGAGAGUGAUGAGGUACAGAGAGAAGAGGAAGAACAGGAAGUUUGAGAAGACGAUAAGGUAUGCUUCGAGGAAAGCUUAUGCGGAGAUGAGGCCAAGGAUCAAGGGACGGUUUGCUAAGAGGACGGAUACGAGUAAGAGCAAUGACGUUGUUGGUCAUGGCGGUAUGUUUAGCGGGUUUGGACUUGUACCUACAUUUUAGAGAUUGCGAGAGAGAGAAUCUAAAAUGGUGUUUGGUGUUGUUUUAGUAAUAAGGUUUUAACAAACUUUUUUCUUAAGAGUUGUUUGUUCUUAUUGUUCAGUUCUUAGUACUUGUUAUGGGAGGGAGCGAGGAAGAGAAGAGAGUGGAUGUGUUUAUAUGUAACUUGUGUUGUAUAUGUCAUGUGAUUUUGAACAAGUUUUUGCUUAUGUAUUGUUUUAUA